CCCCUUCCUGUGCACGCGCUCGAAGCCCUCAACUCUCGCGAGAGAAGCGAGAUUUAUUCCUACGUACCGGGCCGUGCUGCUUAUGGCGGCGCUGGAGAGGGGGCGCUGAGCUGUUGGGUAUGAAGUGUAACAGAACAGACUUUACCACCUGAAACUGCUGCUUCAAGUUCAGAUCAGGCAAGGAACAAACCUCGAAACAACCAACAAGACCAAAGAAGAGUACACUUAAGUUGAAGACACAACACUUGAUCUGAAACAAGAAGUUUGUGCCUACUCAACAGCUUUGAAAGAGCACUUCCCAACGCUGCUAGUAGUCUUUGUUUUCUUCAGUGCUGUACUGUGAGAUUGCCUGGUGCAGCAGCAGUUGUAUUCUUUAUUAGCUUGAUAGGUCAUUUUCUCUCGCACGCGCGCGCGCUCUCUCUUUUUUUUUUUUUUUUUUUUUAAACACUAGCAACUUUCAUCCUUUGAAACGUGUGCUGAAAAAGAAGAAUCAGCAAAUACUACUGAAAGUGCAAUAUUUGAUUAUCACUGCGAGCUCUGUGCACUUAAAACACCAUCGAAGUGUUAUAUUGCCUCUGUUUGAGAUGGAGAACGUUUUUACUGUGUCAUCAGAUCCUCAUCCCCCUCCUACAGCCCCUCCUUCACUUUCUUUACCUUUAUCUUCAUCUUCUACCUCAUCUGGGACUAAAAAACAAAAGAGGACCCCCACGUAUCAGAGAUCUAUGAGCUUUGAUCCAAAUCUUCUCCACAACAAUGGGCAUAAUGGGUACCCCAAUGGUACUUCAGCAGCACUGCGUGAAACUGGGGUUAUUGAAAAACUGCUAACCUCUUAUGGAUUUAUUCAGUGUUCAGAACGUCAAGCUAGACUUUUCUUCCACUGUUCACAGUAUAAUGGCAACCUGCAGGACUUAAAAGUAGGAGAUGAUGUUGAAUUUGAAGUAUCAUCUGACCGGCGGACUGGGAAACCCAUCGCUGUUAAACUGGUGAAGAUAAAACAAGAAAUCCUCCCUGAAGAACGAAUUAAUGGACAAGUUGUGUGCGCUGUUCCUCACAACUUAGAGAGUAAAUCUCCAGCUGCCCCGGGUCAGAGUCCAACAGGGAGUGUAUGCUACGAACGUAAUGGGGAAGUGUUUUAUCUGACUUACACCCCUGAAGAUGUUGAAGGGAACGUUCAGCUGGAAACUGGAGAUAAAAUAAACUUUGUAAUUGAUAACAAUAAACAUACUGGUGCUGUAAGUGCUCGUAAUAUUAUGCUGUUGAAAAAGAAACAAGCUCGCUGUCAGGGAGUAGUUUGUGCCAUGAAGGAUGCGUUUGGCUUUAUUGAAAGAGGUGAUAUUGUAAAGGAGAUAUUCUUUCACUAUAGUGAAUUUAAGGGUGACUUAGAAACCUUGCAGCCUGGAGAUGACGUGGAAUUCACAAUCAAGGACAGAAAUGGUAAAGAAGUUGCAACAGAUGUCAGACUAUUGCCUCAAGGAACAGUCAUUUUUGAAGAUAUCAGCAUUGAACAUUUUGAAGGAACUGUAACCAAAGUUAUCCCAAAAGUACCCAGUAAAAACCAGAAUGACCCAUUGCCAGGACGCAUCAAAGUUGAUUUUGUGAUUCCUAAAGAACUUCCCUUUGGAGACAAAGAUACGAAAUCCAAGGUGACCCUGCUGGAAGGCGACCAUGUUAGGUUUAAUAUUUCAACAGACCGUCGUGACAAAUUAGAACGAGCAACCAACAUAGAAGUUCUAUCAAAUACAUUUCAGUUCACUAAUGAAGCCAGAGAAAUGGGUGUAAUUGCUGCCAUGAGAGAUGGUUUUGGUUUCAUCAAGUGUGUGGAUCGUGAUGCUCGUAUGUUCUUCCACUUCAGUGAAAUUCUGGAUGGGAACCAGCUCCAUAUUGCAGAUGAAGUAGAGUUUACUGUGGUUCCUGAUAUGCUCUCUGCCCAAAGAAAUCAUGCUAUUAGGAUUAAAAAACUUCCCAAGGGCACAGUUUCGUUCCACUCCCAUUCAGAUCAUCGUUUUCUGGGCACCGUAGAAAAAGAAGCCACUUUUUCCAAUCCUAAAACCACUAGCCCAAAUAAAGGCAAAGAAAAGGAGGCUGAGGAUGGUAUUAUUGCUUAUGAUGAUUGUGGGGUGAAAUUGACUAUUGCUUUUCAAGCCAAGGAUGUGGAAGGAUCUAAUUCUCCUCAGAUAGGAGACAAGGUUGAAUUUAGUAUUAGUGACAAACAGAGGCCUGGACAGCAAAUUGCAACUUGUGUGCGACUCUUAGGUCGUAAUUCCAACUCCAAGAGGCUCUUGGGUUAUGUGGCAACUUUGAAGGAUAAUUUUGGAUUUAUUGAAACAGCCAAUCAUGAUAAGGAAAUCUUUUUCCAUUACAGUGAGUUCUCUGGUGAUGUUGAUAGCCUGGAACUGGGGGACAUGGUCGAGUACAGCUUGUCCAAAGGAAAAGGCAACAAAGUCAGUGCAGAAAAAGUGAACAAAACACACUCAGUGAAUGGCAUUACUGAGGAGGCUGAUCCCACCAUCUACUCUGGUAAAGUCAUUCGCCCCUUGAGGAGUGUCGAUCCAACACAGACUGAGUACCAAGGAAUGAUUGAGAUCAUGGACGAAGGGGAUAUGAAAGGUGAGGUCUAUCCAUUUGGCAUAGUUGGGAUGGCCAACAAAGGGGAUUGCCUACAGAAAGGGGAGAGCGUCAAGUUCCAGUUGUGUGUCCUGGGCCAAAAUGCACAGACUAUGGCCUACAACAUCACACCCCUGCGUAGGGCCACAGUGGAGUGUGUGAAAGAUCAGUUUGGCUUCAUUAACUAUGAAGUAGGAGAUAGCAAGAAGCUCUUUUUCCAUGUGAAAGAAGUUCAGGAUGGCAUUGAGCUACAGGCAGGAGAUGAGGUGGAAUUCUCAGUGAUUUUUAAUCAGCGCACUGGCAAGUGCAGUGCUUGUAAUGUUUGGCGAGUCUGCGAGGGCCCCAAGGCUGUUGCAGCUCCACGACCUGAUAGGUUGGUCAAUCGCUUGAAGAACAUCACCCUGGAUGAUGCCAGUGCUCCUCGCCUAAUGGUUCUUCGUCAGCCAAGGGGACCAGAUAACUCAAUGGGAUUUGGUGCCGAAAGAAAGAUCCGUCAAGCUGGUGUCAUUGACUAACCACAUCCACAAAGCACAUCAUUAAUCCACUAUGAUCAAGUUGGGGGGAUUCUGGUGAAGGGUUCUGAAUAUCUCCCUCUUCAUCCCUCCCAAAAUCUGGAAUACUUAAUUCUAUUGAGCUAUUACACCAGUUUUAACACCUUCCUCGUGUUAUGUUUAAAAAAAUAAAUAAAUUUAAGAAAACCAUUUUAAAAUUAUGCACAGUUGCAGGCUGGAAAACUUAAGGUGGCGCCUUAUAGAAUCAAUUUUAGGAGCUUUAUUUGGUGCAUUUAACGCAACUGGUAAUUGCAAAUCCACUUCUGCCUGUGUAAGUGAAAAAUAUAGACUGUUACCUUGUUGGCCCUAUGAAAUUCUGCACUUGAUACUUAGUAUAUACUCUACCUUCAUUACUUUUGGCAAGAUGUUCUGCCUUAGCACUCAGUUGCGUUCUUUUUCCUUUUCUUUUCUGUUCAUUAUGCUUUAAUUCUGAGAACCAUAUGAUGGUAGAAUAUAUUAAAAAUUACAAAAAUUUGCAUAGGCAAACCAGUUCUUUAAGUUGAUGGCCAAAUGUUAAAAUGUUAUUUUUCAUAUCAUUUAUAAUCUUGUCACAGUCCACUUAAUGAUGUUUGGUUAGAUUUCAGUGAAAAUUAUCUUCCAGGGUAGUUCCCCCCCCCCCUCCCCAAGGAUAGGGGGUGUAACUUUACCACAAUUAGUAUAUAUGGUGCAGAAUUUCAUGCAAAUGAGGUGUGCCAGCAGUGUGAUAAUUUAAACGUAUUUAAAGAAAAAAACAAAAGGAUGAAUGCACAAACUUGCUGCUGCUUAGAUCACUGCAGCUUCUAGGACCCAGUUUCUUUUACUGUUUUCAAAACAAAACAAAACAAACAAAAAAUAAUAAAAAAGUUGUGCCUGAAAUGAAUCUUGUUUUUUUUAUAAGUAGCCGCCUGGUUCCUGUGUCCUGUGAAAAGUACAGGCACUUGACCCUUGGUGUAGCUUCUGUUCGGCUUUAUAUCACGGGAACGGAUUGGUCUGAUUUCUUGGCCCUCAUCUUGAAUUGGCCACAUACAGGGUCCCUGGCCAGUGGACUGAAGGCUUUGUCUAAGAUGACAUGGGUCAGUCAGCUCAGGGGAUGUGGGGGAGGGUGCUUUUAUCUUCCCCGUUGUCGUUUGAGGUUUUGAUCUACUCUGGGUAAAGAGGCCAUUUAUCUUUGUAAACACGUAACACUUUUGCUUUCUCCAGUUUUCUGUUAAUGGCGGAAGAAUGGAAGCGAAUAAAGUUUUACUGAUUUUUGA